AUGAAGAUCCCCUCUUUCCUCACCGUCUUUGUUCUUGCCGCUAUGGCUCUCGUCCACGGUGUCGAGUCUGCCCCUGCUGAUGCUCCGGUCGCGCCUGACUUCCAGGCUCAAGCCAAGGCAGGGGUCGAUCCAGAGCUCGAGGCACAGGACCGUCUCGACGUACUUCGCGGCCAAGUGCAGCGCUACGAAUCGCCUAUCGUCCACACUUUCCUCGCACGUGCUGCUCUGGGUGGAGCCGUUCCUGCCGAAACGACCAAGACCAUCUCGGUUCUCAAAUCCACUCACCACCGCGCCGAAACUUUCCCUGUUCCUGACAAACCCACCGCGGACUGGCUCAAGACCAAGGGUGGCGCCAUCUUCGACGCUUCCGCCUCCUUCCCGGCUGGCACUGGCUACGUCACCCCUGUCGUUCUGGCCAGGGAUGCUGAGCUGACACAGGGUACGAUCGGUGGCGGCGCUUUUCCUACGGGCCGUCGUCCUCAGGAUCCGGUCAACAUCCUCACCUAUCUCUCUGGCUUGUGGGCCCACCUCCAGCAGGACCCUACCCUCGAUCCUGCUGCUGUCGCCUCCCUCGAUGCCAGCCUGAACAAUCUCGUCUCGGCUCGAGUCCUCCUAGGCUAUGAAAUCGGUCUCGCCAAGUUCCAGUGGCAGAACGAAGAGUUUUGUAACAUCCUCACUUCCCAAGUCGGCACCCAGGCCGAUCCCAAGAAGAUCGAAAAACAAGUGACCCAACUCCUGACCGACAACAAGGUCCAAGUCAACCUCUUCAGGCGCGUCCAACAGAAGGCCAACGCUUACUCGAAACUCUUCUUCAACGAUCCCAAGUACCCUGACACCGCCCGAGACGACGUCCUUCGCCUCUUCCAGGCCUACAUCGUCCCCGUCACCACCGCUAUCGAGACCGAGGCGGUCAUCGAACAGGCUCACACCUGCAAGGGCUACAAAGUCCCUGAGCCCUGA